AUGAGUAAGCGAAGCAGAAAAAUUGUCGAACUUGCUUUGAAAGAUGCUGAAAUGUCAGGUGACGAAUCUGACCCCUUUAGUUCACUUGAUUCCGAUCUUGAUCCCAUGUUUUUGCCAACUAGUGACGAAGAAAUAUUAUCCAGUUCCGAUUUCUCAGAUAUAGAAGCAUCUUCAGACAUGUUUUCUCCGAAGAUAGCAUUGUCCAAACCCAAAGCAAAUAUCAAACGGAAAUUGCAAACAACUAAAAUCAGAGAUAUUUCUCGCAUCAAGCCUAUUGGUUAUAGGUCAUUCAAAAGACGAAUACUAUCCUCGUCCAUGCCAAGGUCUAAGGUGAAACCGUCUUUGCAAGCAGAAGUUCCAUCAACUUCUGAGAUGAAAACUACUAAAAAUGAUAAGAUGCAAGCAGAAGUAUGUAUUUCAUCCAUUCAUCCGUCUAACAAAAUGGAAGAGACAUCUAGUGACCAAGAAGAUUCAUCUCCUCAUAUGGAUGACUUUGUUAGUGAUGAAGAAAUAGAGCGACAGUUAUUAGAAGCUGAUGAGCUUCUGCAAAAAGACGAAGAUCUCAAGGAAAGCAGUAAAAACCAAAUGGAAGACGGCCAUGACGAAUUUGUUUUUAAUGAAAGCUAUCAAUAUGAGUCUGGUACCGAUAUGGAGAGAAAAAAUCUUGGAGAAGCCAGCCGCGAGGAAUCUCAAUGUAAUGUUUCUGAUGUUGAGUCUCUUGAAGAUAACUUCAUGGAACAAACUUUUAAUUUCAGCAACGAGGCUGAGAUCGAAAAAGAAGAAGAUAAAAAACUGAAGAAAAUAGUGGCAAAAUUUGUUAAACAACCUGAAAGCACAACACAAAAACUGACCUUAACCAAAGGUCGAUCGACCAGAAAUCUAAAAUCCAAAAUAAAAUUUACACGAGACAUCCUCGACUUGGGGACAACAUUAGUGGAUUUAAUAAGCUUGUACUCGACUGUAGAACUUGAUUCUAACCGUUCUCAACAACGUGAACGUGACUACGAUGCAUUGUUAAUAAUGUAUUCUGAUUCGUUUCGAGCGAUAAUAAAACGGAUAGUGGGAACGGACUUCAUCACCCCACCAACGGCAGAAGAAAUCAUAAGCUCUAAUCACAUGAAAGCAACCGCUAGAAGGUGGGAAAGGGGUUUAAGAACUGUAUAUACUGUAAGUUGA